AUGUCUACUGUAUCAGUUGGUUCUUUGGUAAACCUGUCUUCUUCUUUGAUAUCUCUCAACCUUUGGGAUACUCAGAUGCAAGGCAGGUUUCCAAAUGAAAUUUUUCUGUUUCCAUUUCUCCAGAGGCUAAGAAUAUCAUCAAAUAGAGACAUGACAAGUAUUAUGCCAGAGUUUAAUAAGAGCAGUCCUCUCAGAGUAUUGGAUCUCUCUCUCCAAAGUUUAUCAGGAAAAUUACCUAACAUAUUUGACAAUCUUGUGCACUUAAAUUAUCUAUCAGUGGGUGAUUGCAAUUUCAAUGGGUCACUUCCACCAUCACUCGAAAACCUUACAGAAUUCACCUAUAUAGAUUUGUCAGGCAACGGUUUUACUGGUCAAGGUCAGUUUCCAAGUCAGAUAAGUGAUCUUUCAUAUCUACGUGUCAUCUACUUAAAUAAUAAUCUUAUGAGGGGCAGAGUUCCGGCCUGGUUGUUUACUCUGCCAUCUUUGGAAAGUUUAGAUCUUUCCCACAAUAAACUCACAGGUUCGAUUAAGCAGUUCCAGCAGCCUGGUCCAAUACGUCAAGUUGAUUUGAGUGAUAACAAGAUUCACGGUCCAAUUCCAUAUUCAAUUUUUCAACUUUUGGAUCUCACAAAUCUAGCACUUGCAAAAAAUAACUUCAGUGGCAAUGUGCAGUUGGAGAUGCUUUCAAAGUUAGAGGGACCAUUACCAUCAUCUUUGGUUAAUUGUCAAGAUCUGAAUAUCCUUGAUGUCGGAAAUAACAGGAUUAAUGAUAGCUUUCCGAAUUGGUUAGUAAAUUUUCAAAGUCUUAAGUAUAUGAUUGUGAUUUUAUGUGUCACUCGCUACUUCACUCUUGUUGAGUAUUUAUUUCUUGGGCCAACUAAUGCGAGCACAGCAAGGGGGUUGUUGCAGUGCAAUCCGCAAGCACACAGCAGUGUGAACGCAAGUUCAGGUGAGGUUCAAGGUAUGCAACAGCAAUAUAUAGGGGUGUUCAACCCAUCAUCCUGCAGUGUAGAAAGGGAGUUCGGGCCACGGGAUGCAGCGGCCAAGGUUUUAGUCCGAUUCUACAAUAUUCUUGCAAGUGGAGCUAAGGGAGUCCAAGGGUUAUGA